AUGCGCUCAUGGGGCGCUCGUGCGGACUGCGCCGUCAGCGACGAGCCCCUCUACGCGCAUUACCUCAGCACGCUCGAUGAAUCCAAACGCGCCGAGCAUCCGGUCUAUCAGCAAGUGAUCGAAUCGCAGGACACCGAUCCGAAAAAGCUUGCCAGCAUGCUCACCGGCCCAAUACCAGACAACAAACCGAUCUGGUACCAGAAACACAUGGCACACCAUCUGACCAACGACUUCGGCAUGGAUUGGCUCGCUUGUCUCACCAACUGCAUCCUCAUCCGCGAACCCGCCGCGAUGAUCACGAGUUUCAUCAAGGUCAUCGAGAACCCGACCCCAGAAGACCUCGGACUCCCGCAACUGCUGCGGAUCUUCGAGUGGAUUCAAUCGCACACAAACUCACUGCCGAUCGUGCUGGACUCAAAGGAUGUGCUCACCGAUCCCGCAAAGACCUUAAACACGCUCUGCGAUCGCAUCGGCGUGCCUUUUGAUGACUCGAUGCUCGCAUGGGAGCCCGGCCCUCGUCCAGAGGACGGCGUGUGGGCGCCCCAUUGGUACGCGACCGUCUAUCAAUCCACCGGGAUGAACCGGUCCCCGAUCGACUCAGGGGCGUCCUCGAAGAUUGCCAAGCGAUCUACGAUCAACUCGCACAACACAAGCUCUAGAGAACACCACAUGCUCCAGAAGUUCAACGAGAAAAACAAAGACCUCCUCAUCAACAUCAACGGCAAGCUCAUCCACCGCGACCACGCCGGGAUCUCCCCAUUCGAUUCACUCGUCCAGGGAGGCGACGGCGUGUGGGAGGGACUCCGCGUCUACAACGGCAAAAUCUUCAAACUCGACGAACACCUCCAGCGUCUCCAGCGCAGCGCCAAAGCCCUCGCGUUCACGCAGAUCCCGACGCGCGACGAGCUCGUCGAGCAGAUCAAGAAAACCCUCGCCGCCAACAACAUGACUGACGGCGUCCACAUCCGCAUCACCCUCUCGCGCGGGACCAAGAUCACCUCCGGGAUGGACCCAAGACUCAACCAGUCCGGACCAACACUGAUCGUCCUCGCAGAGCACAAGCCCCCGGUGUACCGCGACGCGGAGGGAUCGAGCGGGUUGUCGCUCUCGACCAGCAGCAUUCGCCGCUUCUCUCCCGACACGAUGGACCCCAACAUCCAUCACAACAACCUCAUCCAAUCGAUCAUGGCCAAGAUCGAAGCCAACGCAUCGGGCGCCGACGACGCGCUCAUGCUCGAUCAUCGCGGAUUCCUCGCCGAAGCCAACGCGACGCAUGUGUUCAUCGUCGCCCCCUACCCCGCGCACGCUGGAGAUCCGACCCCAGUGGUACAGACCUCGACCACCGCCGCGUGUCCAGAGGGGAUCACACGCCAGACGAUCAUCGAUAUCUGCAACGAGCACAACAUCCCUUGCAUCGAGCGCGACAUCUCGCUCACGCAAGUCUACAACGCCGACGAGUGCUUCACGACCGGCACCAUGGGCGAGCUCGCAUGGGUCGGCAACAUCGACGGGCGAACCAUCGGCACCGGUUCAAUGGGACCGAUGACCAAGAAACUCAGCGAGCUAUUCAUCGAGAAGACAAAGCACGAAGGCGUGCAGGUCUGCUGA